AUGGCAAAAGAUUGCAGUGUUUGCGCCGAAACCAAAUCAUCAACGCAAUUCCCUACGUCACAAAUUUCUCGAAAGUGCACCCAUACACCGACAACGUGCCUGCCGUGUAUAACACUCGCCAUAAAAACGGAGCUUUCCAGCAAACCAUGGGAACAAAUUGGAUGCCCCGAAUGCGGCAUAGCGCUCGAGCACCAAGACGUGCAGAAGUAUGCCGAUCUAGAAACGAGGGAAAUGUAUGAUAGAUUGAUGGUACUCCAACAACUGGAAGGAAUCUACCUCCGAAAAGAUUGCUUUUCAUUUUAUGUAAAUGCCAACGACUGGAAUGAAGAAGCGUUCUUUGCCGUUAUGCACAUACUUCAUGCUCAAACAAGGCGAUUUCCGCAAGGUGAUUUCCGCAACGUCCACGACCUCUCUGACUUUGAAUUCAACGAUUUAUAUCUCGACGCCAUGUCAGGGUCCUUCGAGUUCGUGGACGACAGAGUUACUAAGACAUCCAUACCACAGUCUCUCAUCGACCAACAGACCAGCCCCAACUUCCUCCAGCCACAGAUAUAUAACGUCCAAUCUUCAUCUUGGACACCUUUUAACAAUGAAGUCAGAACACUUAGGCGGGGAGAUGUCCUUAAAAUUGCAUCCUGGAACUUGUUUUUCUCGGUUCCCGCCACCGUCGCUCGUGCCUCCGCCGCCAUCGCCUAUUUGCGGACCAUGCUUGGCCCAGAACCUCACAACCUCGGGGUACUUUUCCAAGAACUCCGCCAAGAAUCACUAGAAGUCAUCCUGGAGAACAAGUGGACUCAACAAAACUUCGUCCUCUCCGAAUACAGAGCCACCAUAGUUCGAUGGUGCAGACAAUGA